GGUCACCUGCAGGACUAAUUGGUGUCAUGGCGGGAGAUUGACGGCUGCACUCCCCUCAGCGCCUUCCUUCCGUCACGGGUCAGCGGGGAGACGGAAUGGCCGACAGGACGCCACGCGCCCUCAAACAUGGCCGCCCCGGGGGGUGGACUUAGCGGCGCCCUUUGAAGGCCUCAAGCCUGCCGUGAAAAUGGCCGCACGCCAGCGCUUUGAUGCUUGCUCCGCCCCCUCCGUUCCACCUGAGCGGCGCUGCGUGUGCGCAUGAAGUCAUCAUCAUCGUCAUCGUCAACCGGGGAAACAAGCUCCGCCCCCUCGCACGUAGCACGGACAGUUGGACCUCAGGAAGUGGUGAAGACCCUCCCCACACACAACUUACCCUGACGUCGCUUCCUCCACCUCCUUCUCCCGAGACACGGUCCAUCCAGCCAGCCAGCAUGCGAGCGUGGGCCCCCCUGCUGGCCCCCCUGCUGGCCCUCUGCCUUCUGGCGCCGCCCGCCGGCGCCCAGCCUUUGGCCAUCUUCCGCCCGGAGCGCGGGGACUGGCCGCUCAACCACCUGACGGUGCACCGGGGCACGGGGGCGGUCUACCUGGGCGCCGUCAACCGCGUGUACAAGCUGUCGGGCAACCUGACGCUGCAGGUGUCGCACGCCACGGGCCCCGAGGACGACAACAAGGCGUGCUACCCGCCGCUCACCGUGCAGCCCUGCUCGGAGCCGCUGGCGCCCACCGACAACGUCAACAAGCUGCUGCUGGUGGACUACGCCCAGAAGCGUCUGCUGGCGUGCGGCAGCCUCUACCAGGGCGUGUGCAAGCUGCUGCGUCUGGACGACCUCUUCAUCCUGGUGGAGCCCUCGCACAAGAAGGAGCACUACCUGUCCAGCGUCAACCGCACCGGCACCAUGUACGGCGUCAUCGUGCCCGCGCAGGGCCAGGACGCCACUCUCUUCAUCGGCACGGCGGUGGACGGCAAGCAGGACUACUUCCCCACCGUUUCCAGCCGCAAGCUCCCCCGCGACCCGGAGUCCUCGGCCAUGCUGGACUACGAGCUGCACACCGACUUCGUGUCCUCGCUCAUCAAGAUCCCCUCCGACACGCUGGCGCUGGUGUCCCACUUCGACAUCUACUACGUCUACGGCUUCGCCAGCGGCGGCUUCGUCUACUUCCUGACCGUGCAGCCCGAGACGCCGGAGGGCGGCAUGUCGUCCGGCGGCUCUGCCGGCGACCUCUUCUACACCUCGCGCGUGGUCCGCCUGUGCCGGGACGACCGCAAGUUCCACUCCUACGUCUCGCUGCCCGUGGGCUGCGUGAAGAACGGCGUGGAGUACCGCCUGCUGCAGGCCGCCUACCUGGGCAAGCCGGGCCGCGUGCUGGCCGCCGCGCUGCACGUGGGCGCGCAGGACGACGUGCUCUUCGCCGUUUUCUCCAAGGGGCAGAAGCAGUUCCACCGGCCACCCGACGACUCGGCGCUGUGCGCCUUCACCAUCCGAGACAUCAACGCGCGCAUCACGGAGCGCCUGCGGUCCUGCUACCAGGGCGAAGGACACCUGGAGCUCAACUGGCUGCUGGGGAAGGACGUGCAGUGCACCAAAGCGCCCGUGCCCAUCGACGACUCCUUCUGCGGCCUGGACAUCAACCAACCCCUGGGCGGCUCCCAGCUGGUGAGCGGACACACCCUCUACACCGAGACCCGGGACCGCAUGACCGCCGUCAUCUCCUACGUCUACAACGGCUACUGUGUGGUCUUCGUGGGCACCAAGAGUGGACGUCUGAAGAAGAUCCGCGUGGACGGCCCCCCUGACGGCGGCGUCCAGUACGAGACGGUGACGGUGAUGAAGGACGGCGCCCCCAUCCUCCGGGACAUGGCCUUCUCGCUGGACCGCGCUCACCUCUACGUCAUGUCGGAGCGACAGGUGACCCAGGUGCCCAUCGAGUCAUGUGAGCAGUACGGGACCUGCGGCGAGUGCCUCAGCUCCGGGGACCCCCACUGUGGCUGGUGUGUGCUGCACAACGUGUGUUCCCAGAAGAACCGCUGCGACCGGGCCAGCGAGCCCUACCGCUUCGCCGCCGCUCUGGACCAGUGUGUGAAGGCCAGCGUGCACCCCGACAGCAUCGCCGUGUCCGAGCCCGGCGUGACCCUGCUGGUGAAGGUCAGCGACGUUCCCGACCUUUCGGCGGGAAUAACCUGCUCCUUCGGCAACCUGACGGAGGUGGAGGGGCAGGUGAAGGGCGACCAGAUCCUGUGCGUGUCGCCGGCCGCCAAGGACGUGCCCCUCAUCCCCGCUGACCAAGAUUGGUCGGGCGUGGAACUGAGGCUCAACUCAAAGGAGACCCGGCAGAUGCUCAUCAGCACCGAGGUCAAGUUCUACAACUGCAGCGUCCACCAACUGUGUUUGUCGUGUGUGAACAGCGCCUUCCGCUGCCACUGGUGCAAGUACCGCAACUUGUGCACCCACGACCCCUCCAGUUGCUCCUUCCAGGAGGGACGAGUCAACGCCUCGGAGGACUGUCCCCAGCUGGUGCGCUCCGAGGAGAUCCUGAUCCCGGCGGGGGAGGUGAGGCCCAUCACGCUGAAGGCCAAGAACCUACCACAGCCGCAGUCGGGCCAGCGGGGCUACGAGUGUGUGCUCCACAUCCAGGGGGUCAGCCACCGGGUCACCGCCCUGAGGUUCAACAGCUCCAGCGUGCAGUGCCAGAACAGCUCGUAUUUGUACGAGGGCAUGAAGAUCAGUGAGCUGCCCGUGGAUUUCUCUGUGGUUUGGAACGGCAACUUCAUUAUUGACAACCCGGAGGACAUUCAAGUGCACUUGUACAAGUGUGCGGCUCAGCGGGACAGCUGCGGCGUGUGUCUGAAGGCCGACAGGAAGUUCCAGUGCGGCUGGUGCAGCGGCGAGGGCAAGUGCACCCUGCGGCGCCACUGCCCCCCCACCAACCCUUACACCACGCGCUGGCUCAAUCUGUCCAGCAAGAACGUCAAGUGCACCAACCCCCGCAUCACCGAGGUGACUCCAGUCGCUGGACCCCCAGACGGCGGUACAAGAGUGACCAUCCACGGCACCAACCUUGGUCUUUCCUUCUCGGACGUGGUGGGCAACGUGGAGGUGGCGGGGGUGCGGUGUGCGCCUGUGCAGGACGGCUACAUCGUCGCCGAACAGAUUGUUUGUGAGAUGGAGGCGACCCCUGCUGAAAGUCCGCCCGGUCCGGUCCAGCUUUGCGUCGGGGAGUGCAGGCCGGAACUCCGAGCUCGAUCCAAUCAACUCUACUCCUUCGUGACGCCCACCAUCACGGGCGUGUCACCCAGCAGAGGCCCGGAGUCCGGGGGCACCAGGGUGACCAUCAUGGGCGAGAACCUCGGCGCCGGCAGCAACGUCAGCGUUCAGUUCGGGAACCAGACGUGCGAGUUCUUCAGUCGAACCAUGACAGAAAUCGUGUGCUGCUCGGCGCCGUCCCUGUCCGGGAUCGGCCCGGUCCGUACCAGCGUGAGCGUGGACCUGGCCCUAAUCCGAGAGAGCCUGACCUUCGAGUACAUCGACGACCCCACCGUGGCGCGCAUCGAUCCCGACUGGAGCAUCGCCAGUGGCCACACCCCCCUGAUGGUGACCGGCUCCAACCUGGAUGUGGUCCAAGAGCCCAGGAUCCGGGUCAAGUACGGCGGGAAAGAAUCUGUCAAUGUGUGCAAAGUGUUGAACAGCACCAGCAUGAGCUGCUGGGCUCCCUCCCUGGCGGAGGACUACCACCCAGGCCUGGAGGCGGUGAAGCACGCCGACGAGUUCGGCUUCAUCUUCAACAACGUGCAAGCGCUGCUGGUCUACAACACCACCAGCCUGCUCUACUACCCCAACCCUUACUUUGAGCCUCUCAGCGCCACGGGAGUCCUGGAGCAGAAGCCAGGGUCGCCCAUCAUUCUCAAGGGCAGAAACCUGCUACCCCCGGCCUCAGGAGGGGCCAAGCUUAACUACACGGUGCUGAUUGGAGAGACCCCCUGCUCGGUGACCGUGUCCGAGAGCCAGCUGCUGUGCGAGCCGCCCAACCUCACCGGACAAUACAAAGUCAUGGUCCAGGUGGGCGGCCUCCACGUGUCCCCCGGCGCCGUGCACAUCGUGUCGGACAGUCUGCUCACCCUGCCCGCCAUCGUCAGCAUCGCCGCCGGCGGGGGGCUCCUCCUCAUCAUCGUCAUCCUGGUCCUCAUCGCCUACAAGCGGAAGUCGCGCGAGAACGACCUGACGCUGAAGCGCCUGCAGAUGCAGAUGGACAACCUGGAGUCACGCGUGGCCCUGGAGUGCAAAGAAGCCUUCGCCGAGCUGCAGACCGACAUCAACGAGCUCACCAGCGACCUGGACCGAGCCGGCAUCCCUCACCUGGACUACAGGACGUACGCCAUGAGGGUGCUGUUCCCCGGCAUCGAGGACCACCCCGUCCUCAGGGAGCUGGAGGUGUCGGGGAAUGGUCAGCAGAACGUGGAAAAGGCCCUCAAGCUCUUCGGCCAGCUCAUCAACAACAAAGUCUUCCUGCUCACCUUCAUCCGAACCCUGGAGAUGCAGCGCUCCUUCUCCAUGCGGGACCGCGGCAACGUGGCCUCGCUCAUCAUGACCGCCUUGCAGGGGCGCCUGGAGUACGCCACCGACGUCCUCAAGCACCUGCUCUCCGACCUCAUCGACCGCAACCUGGAGAGCAAGAACCACCCCAAGCUGCUGCUGCGCAGAACCGAGUCGGUGGCAGAGAAGAUGCUCACCAACUGGUUCGCCUUCCUGCUGCACAGGUUCCUGAAGGAAUGUGCCGGCGAGCCUCUUUUUAUGCUCUACUGCGCCAUCAAGCAGCAGAUGGAGAAAGGACCCAUCGACGCCAUCACUGGAGAGGCACGCUACUCCCUGAGUGAGGACAAGCUCAUACGGCAGCAGAUCGAGUACAAAACCUUGAUCCUGAACUGUGUGAACCCAGACAACGAAAACAGCCCGGAGAUUCCGGUGAAAGUGCUCAACUGCGACACCAUCACGCAGGUGAAGGAGAAGAUCCUGGACGCCGUCUACAAGAACAUGCCCUACUCGCAGCGCCCCCGCGCCGUGGACAUGGACCUCGAGUGGCGUCAAGGGCGUUUGGCUCGCGUGGUGCUGCAGGACGAAGACAUCACCACGAAGAUCGAGAAUGACUGGAAGAGGCUCAACACGCUCCUGCACUACCAGGUGUCCGAUCGCUGCGUGGUGGCGCUGGUGCCCAAGCAGACCUCGUCCUACAACAUCCCCACCUCAGCAAGCAUAUCACGGUCCUCCAUCAGCAGAUACGACUCCUCGUUCCGCUACACCGGCAGUCCAGACAGCCUGCGGUCCCGCGCCCCCAUGAUCACGCCCGAUCUAGAGAGCGGCGUGAAGGUGUGGCACUUGGUGAAGAACCACGAGCACGGGGACCAGAAGGAAGGAGACCGCGGCAGCAAGAUGGUCUCCGAGAUCUACCUGACCCGGCUGCUGGCCACCAAGGGAACGCUGCAAAAGUUUGUGGACGACCUUUUCGAGACGCUGUUCAGCACGGUCCACCGAGGCAGCGCCUUGCCGCUGGCCAUCAAGUACAUGUUCGACUUCCUGGACGAGCAGGCCGACAAGCACGACAUUCACGACACGGACGUGCGUCACACGUGGAAGAGCAACUGCCUGCCGCUGCGCUUCUGGGUGAACGUGAUCAAGAACCCUCAGUUUGUGUUCGACAUCCACAAGAGCAGCAUCACGGACGCCUGCCUGUCUGUGGUGGCCCAGACCUUCAUGGACUCCUGCUCCACCUCCGAGCACCGCCUGGGCAAGGACUCGCCGUCCAACAAGCUGCUCUACGCUAAAGACAUCCCCAACUACAAGAGCUGGGUGGAAAGGUACUACGCCGACAUCAACCGACUGCCGGCCAUCAGCGACCAGGACAUGAACGCCUACCUGGCAGAGCAGGCCCGGCUGCACUCCUGCGAGUUCAACAUGCUGAGUGCCCUCAACGAGAUCUACUCUUACAUCAGCAAGUACAGCGAGGAGAUCACGGCGGCCUUGGAGCAGGACGACCACGCCAGGAAGCAGCGUCUGGCCUACAAGGUGGAGCAGCUCAUCGGCGCCAUGUCCCUCGAGAGUUGAGGACCGCUUUGGAUCCUUUGAGGCUCUUUUGCAAGACGGGGACGAGUCCAAGUCCGAGUCCCGGGCACAUGUGGUUGUGAGGACGCCUCGGCAUGGAAGGACCGACUUAUUUAUUGAUGUUGUUUUCCAGGACUUUGGUGUGUGUGUGUAUGUGUUUGGGGGGGGGACUCAAGUCUGCUGCAUUCAGAUUUUAUUUUUAUACUGGGACCUUUGGGAAGUGAUCCACAACCAGUGAGGAUCCUGGCCCUCUCCUCGGAAGGAGGAGACACGGACGAGUCCACCAGUUCUUGUAGCAGCGUCCAUGGAGCGAAUGUAGAAAAACGUUUUCCAAACGGAGCUCGCCAAGAGCUUCCCAGACCUCAAAAGCACCGAAAUCCUUGGUUUUCCUGCAUUCCUUCCUUCGCGUCUUCGUGUGCUUGGCUUGCCGUCCGCUCAUCAGUCCAAGUGGGUCUUGGUGGACUUUGACUCGAGUGCCAAAAUCGGUUUAUGCUUUACAAAGUAGAGCGUCGAGCACCGGACAUCGACGGUCGCCUCGUUGCAAGAGAGCUUCCCCUUAGUCGCUACAGUUUGUCCUUCUAAGCGUCGAGCAGGUGGGAACACGUCCAAAACUGCAGUUCUUGUCCAGCCUUCUUCAGGACCUACAAAUCUUAAAGGACUCCAACUGAGAACUGAGAGGACCAAGCAAAUCCAAGUACCAAAAGAGAUAGGACAUCAUGGCUAGCCCUGUUUUUUUUACCCCCAACCUUAAAACCAUACCCCUUAACCCCCAAGCCUUAAAGCGAGCUCUAACCCCGAGACCCAACUCCAGCUCUAUUCCUAACUUUAGCUCGAACCUCAGUCCUAACCCUAAUUUAAGCCCUGACCUCAGUCCUAAACCGAUAUUAACCGCAUCCCAUCUUUUCAGUCCCUCAACCUACAGAUGGACAACAACCCAGGGGGUUAACGUCCGCCAAAAAACCAGGGUCGAUGUGGAGAGUGUGGUCUUGUCCUAAGGCGACCACAGUCAAGCAGCUCCAAAAAGGCUGUCAGGACAUCCCGGACCACCUUUGCCCAGAUGCCCCUCUGAUGGAUUUUUCGGAUUCCUUGCUUAUGGAAUAGAAAAACCACCUCAGGCAGCUGAAUUAAAUCCUUAGGAACCACUACAUCCCGGUCUUUCACAGCCAGGAUUUUGAGACCGAGAGGGACAGCAUCCAUUGGACGGAUGACACAGCCAGGAAAAUGCUAAACCACUGGCUUCGGCAUUUAAAUCUGCUGUCCCAAUAAACCCGACCACUUGGGGGGCAAUAUAAAUGUGGCCCUCACAGUUGUCCCUCUUCAACCAAGCCCUCAAUUUGGUCCCUUCACCCAACCUCAGUCAGGUGAACUAUGACCUCUGGUAAUAUCACAGGAGCAUCAAGGUCUUUUCACCCCCAUGUCCGACUGGGAGCCCUCACCUGGACUGUUGCCUCCGGAAUUUCAGGCAAUGGUCCUGGCUGAUGAGAUCCCCUCGCUCAGGGUCAUGCUUUGAACCUGCCAUUGUGCCCAACGCUAACUGUAGCCCUAACCCUUACCUCAGUCUUAACCCUGACUUUAGCUCUAAUCUCAACCCAAACCUCAACCCCAGUCCUAACCGGAUAUUAGCCACAUCCCAUCUUUUCAGUCCCUGGACCUACAGAAGGACAACUAGCUGGGGGUUAAGUUCUGCCAGGCGCAGGCCAUCCUCCAAAAAAGCAAGGAUGUUGUCGAUGAAGAGAGUGUCCAUCAACUUCCUGGAGCUUUAAGGGUCCUGACUUCAAAUACACACCUCUUUGACAUCAAGGUGUUUUUCAAGGAGACCCGGACUCUCCUCUACAAAAACAGCUCCCACCCCAAACAUACCCUUGCGGGGUUGGUGAAAUCACAACUUUGAAGGUUUCCUAGGAUUGGGACUAGGCGGGGGGGCUUCUUGGAGGACUUGAGGCCCCUCUUUUCUGCCCUGAAGGGGAGGGGCUAUUCCAGGUCCCUCCUCAGGCGACAGUUGAGGGUCUUCUUGGACCGGAAGAGGCCUACCCCUGGGACAACCACAAUUCCUCUGAUCACCACAUCCAGUCCCAGAGCCGCACAGGUCGCCAGGAAGGUAAACAACUUCCAGACCUGUGUGGGGAGCAGUGGGAGUCUGCGGGAGAAUUAUGUGCUGUCGGCCUUCCGAAAGAACCCCAACUUGAGUGAUCUGCUAGUCAGCUCAUUUAGAGACCCGCCCUCCAUCCGGAGGGAUUCCCCUUUUUGGUGAACCCCCACAAGGGCAAAGUCUUUCAGCCGACACGCCAAGAACUGUGUGUACGUGGUUGGGUGUCAGGGACGUGGCGUGAUGUGCGUGGGUGAGACCGGCAGUACCCCGGCUGUGAGGUUGGCCCAGCACAAGCACAAUAUCGUUAGACAGGAAAGUAGCAAGACUCCCCUGGUCCAGCACUUUGUCCUACACGGGUGGGGUGGUCUUCAGUCCGGGUGACACGGGUGGGGUGGUCUUCCAUCCGGGCAACUGUCGUAGAGAUGGAUCCCAAAUAGAGCCUCGCCCAAUACCACAGGGCGGAGCUCCUUUGGAUCAGCAGGUUGGGCACGAGGUCUCGAUGAGGCGUGAGUGUGAGCCCGUCCUUUUACUUCUCCUUAUGUACCUUCUAUGCCCCCACACCCCUGCUUCCCUAACCCUAACCAAUGUUCUUACCUUAUUCUUUGGCUUCUUUAGCCCUAACCCCAACUCUAACCUUAACCAACCCUUUUUCUUUAAUCUUUAGCUUCUUUAUACCUAACCUAACUCCAACCCUGACCCCAACUCUAACUUCUGACCUUAGUCCUAACCCCAACCCUGACCUAACCAUUUUUCUUUAUACCUAACAUUAACCCAACCCCAAUCUUAACCAACUAUUUAUUUUUUCUCUAAUCUUUAGCUUCUUGAUACCUAACCCCAACUCUAACCUUAGUCCUAAACCCAAUUUUGAACCAAAUCCUUAACUCUAACCCCGACUCUGACCCUAACCUUAACCAACCCCUUUUCUUUUUUUCUUUAAUCUUUAGCUUCUUUAUACCUACCAACUCUAACCCUCACAUUUAACUCCAACCCUGACUCCAACUCUAAUUCUAACCUUAGUAUUAACCCCAACUCUAACCUUAGUCCUAAACCCAAUUUUGAACCAAAUCCUUAACUCUGACCCCGACUCUGACCCUAACCUUAACCAACCCCUUUUCUUUUUUUCUUUGAUCUUUAGCUUCUUUAUACCUACUAACUCCAACCCUCACAUUUAACUCCAACCCUGACUCCAACUCUAAUUCUAACCUUAGUAUUAACCCCAACUCUAACCCUAACCUCUAACUCCAACUCCAAACCCGACCUUAGUCCUAACCCCAACCAGCUCUUUUACUUUAUACGUAACCUUAACCUUAGCUUCUUUAUACCUCACCUCAACAAUACCCAACCUCAACCAUAACUCCAAAUCUAACCUUAGUCCUAAACCCAACUCUAACCCCAACUUUUACCAACCCUUUUUUCUCUAUAAUCUUCAGCUUCUUUUUACCUACCAACUCUUAACCCUCACAUUUAAGUCCAACCCUGACUCCAACUCUAAUUCUAACCUUAGUAUUAACCCCAACUCUAACCCUAACCUCUAACUCCAACUCCAAACCCGACUUUAGUCCUAACCCCAACCAGCUCUUUUUCUUUAUACGUAACCUUAACCUUAGCUUCUUCAUACCUCACCUCAUAGGGGCGGCAUAGCUCGGUUGGUAGAGUGGCCGUGCCAGCAACUUGAGGGUUGCAGGUUCGAUUCCCGCUUCCGCCAUCCUAGUCAAUGCCGUUGUGUCCUUGGGCAAGACACUUUACCCACCUGCUCCCAGUGCCACCCACAAUGGUUUAAAUGUAACUUAUAUAUUGGGUUUCACUAUGUAAAGCGCUUUGAGUCACUAGAGAAAAGCGCUAUAUAAAUAUAAUUCACUUCACUUCAACCAUACCCAACCUCAACCAUAACGCCAAAUCUAACCUUAGUCCUAAACCCAACUCUGACCCCAACUUUUACCAACCCUUUUUUCUCUAUAAUCUUUAGCUUCUUUAUACCUACCAACCCUAACCCUAACCCUAACCCCAACUCUAACUUUAGUCCUAACCCCAACCAACUUUUUUUUCUCUUUUGGUCGCAUGACAUCUGUCCCAGGUACUUCUUCACCACACCUUUCCCAAACACGUAGUGAACCCUUGGUUACAAACACUUCACCCCUACUCUUCCAAACACCUAGGGAACCCUCUGUUCCAGACACACCACCACACAUGCCUGAUAGUCCCCUUCUGUGCCAGACACUUCAUCACACACAUCUGACACAGAGGAUGAAGACGUACAGGAAGUUUUCAGACACGCAAACACCAAUAGGAAAAUGCUCGAUUGGAGAUUGCUGGCCACCAGAAGAAUUUUGGUGAUCGGCGACUCCAAUUUGAGUCAUAUACCCCCCUUCACUGUGCCUGACCUUCAGAUCGACAGUUACCCGGGGGCAAAUUUUCGCCACGCGGAAGCCAUCCUGGCCAAGACCAGAGCCACGGUCCAGGUUGACGUAUUAGUCCUAGCCUUCGGUAUCAAUAACCGUGAGCAGAAGGUUAAGGAGACCACCCUUAAACAGCUCCAAGGGGCACUCCGGGCAGCCAGGAAAACCUUCCCACAUGCCUGAUUGCUUAUCCCCCUGAUUAACUUUUCAGCUUCUCUGCCCGUUGAGCACCACCUACUCUCCUUCGGCCGUCAGAGUCGUGAGAAAAGUCAAAACCCAUUUCCGUAUUUUCUCGGAGAGUAGCGGGAGGCUGCUGGGGCACUAUGUGGUACCGGCCUACCGGAAGAACCCCAACUUGAAUGAUAUGUAUAUCAGGAACCAUUACGCUCACAUCCCGGCCCUUGACAGCCAGGAAUUUGAUACCCGUGGUGACCUGAUCCAUUGGACUUGCGUAUGUUGGAGCACUGGCUUGAAUGUUUAAACUAGGCCCCCCCAAAAUCCUGAAAAAUCGGGGGGGGUAAUAAGAACGUGAUAAAUUUGGCCCGUAGUUUCACUUCUCAACAAGGGCCUCAACUUUAUCCCUUCGUCCAAUCUGAGUAGUGACUGGCGCCAUCAGUUGAAAUUCGACCUCCAGCACUACCACGGACGUGUCAAACUAGCAUUAUAUUAUGAGAAACAAGACCUUCUCAAACCCAGACCCUUUACAGCCCGCUCCCACUGGGAGCCCUCACCUGGACUUUUGCCUCCGGAGUUCCAGGCCUUGGUCACAUUGUCCGGUUCGGGCUGUGCGCCUGCGGUUUUUUCCCCAACUUGACACGCGAAGAGGUUGAGGCCCUUGAUAGUCUAAAAUGCAAUAAGCAUAUUGUGAUCAAGCCCGCCGACAAAGGCAGUGCUGUUGUCAUUUUUGACAGGAUCACAAUACAUAUGGGAGGGCUCUCGGCAGUUGAGUGACACUACUUACUAUAAACCACUGCCUGAACCUAUUUACCCCCAAACCAUCCCCAUGGUAGAAAAGAUUAUACGUAAUCUGCUACUAAAAAAAUGUAUCAAUUUGAAACAACAAAAGUACCUCCUUGGUGAGCCGGAUCCCCGCCCCCGCCGAUUUUACAUGCUCCCUAAGAUCCACAAGGAGCCAGAUCAAUGGAGCAAGCCCCAUGAGAUACCACCGGGCCGACCCAUUGUAUCUGACUGCGGGAGCGAGACGUAUAGAACGGCAAGAGUACAUCGACUACUAUUUAAGGCCACUCUCCCUUCCACACGACAACUACAUCAAGGACACUUAGCAUUUCAUUGAUAAAAUCCAAAAUGUGCACAUUCCCCCAGAUGCCAUCUUAUUUACGAUUGAUAUUGACAGCCUGUAUACCAACAUUGAUAUCGAGGAGGGUAUCCGGGCUGUCAAAAAUGUCUUCCACACGUAUCGUGACGUCAGCAGGCCUGAAAAGGAGCUUUUGGAGCUCCUUGAAAUUAAUUUGAGGAGAAACGAUUUUGAGUUCGAUGGUCGUUUCUACCUCCAAAUUAAGGGCACUGCUAUGGGCAAGAAAUUUGAGUGGGAGACCUCUGCUUUGGCCUCUUGCCCAAAACGUCCCGAACAUUAUUUUCGGUACCUGGAUGACAUCUGGGGCGUUUGGACUCACUUCAGCGUGUUUUUAAACACGCACAAUAAAAAUAUCACCAUUAAGUCGACCACGAGUAACACAUCCGUCGACUUUUUGGACACCACGACAUUCAAGGGUCCCAAUUUUGCCAAAACGCAACUUUUGGACAUAAAAGUGUUCUUCAAGGAGACGGACACCCAUGCUACAAAAGCAGCUUCCACCCCAAGCACACAUUUGCGGGGCUGGUGAAAUUCCAACUCCUGAGGUUUCAUCGUAUUUGUACUAGGCAGGAGGAUUUCCUGGUGGCCUCGAAGGCCCUCUUUACUGCUCUGAAGGGGAGGGGCUAUUCUAGGUCCUUCCUCAGAAGACAGUUGAGGGUCUUCCUGGACCCCAAGGGACCUCCCCCUGGUACGGACAUGAUUCCUCUUAUCACCACCUACUCUCCUUCGGCCGUCAGAGUCGUGAGAAAAGUCAAAACCCAUUUCCGUACUUUCUCGGAGAGUAGCGGGAGGCUGCUGGGGCACUAUGUGGUACCGGCCUACCGGAAGAACCCCAACUUGAAUGAUAUGUUGGUCACUGGGAGACCCGCCCUCCGCUCAGAGGGACGCCCUUGUCCGCCAUGCACCAUGGUUUGUGAACCCCCAGAACCGCAAGGUUUUCCAACCACUACAAACUCAAAAUUGUGUUUAUGUCAUUCGGUGUCAACGAUGUGGCGAUAUGUACGUGGGCGAGACGGGCAAUACCUUAGCUAGGAGAUUCGCCCAACAUAAGUACGACAUCGUUAGACACAAAAACACCAAUACUCACCUGGUCCGGCAUUUUGUCCGACACGGGUGGUCUUCCGUCCGGGCAACAGUCGUCGAGGCGAACCCCAGAUGGAGCCUCGCCCAACGCCGCAGGGCGGAGCUCAUCUGGAUCGCGAACUUGGGCACCAGAUAUCCAGUAGGCCUUAACGAGGUAUGAGGGGGAGCCAUAGGAGUGUUGAUGGACCGUGCACAUUCCUUUUUUUACUUCCCUUUUUAUUUUUCUUAUAUAUCCCCCCACCCCCUCUUCCUUUCUAACCCUACCCAUUUUCUUUUUAUGGUUCUAACCAUAACCCCAAUCCUAACCCUAACCCCAACUCUAACUUUAGUCCUAACCCCAACCAACUUGUUUUUCUCUUUAAUCUUUAGCUUCUUCAUACCUAACCUUAACCCCGACCUCAACUCUAACCUUAGCCCUAACCCCAGCCUGAGCCCCUAAGGACUAAGGCCUUAACCUUCCCCUCCCCAGGGUCCUGGGUUUGAUUCCGUCCGGUAUAGGGGUGGGAUCUGCAAGGAUUUUAGAUAUUUUACAUCCCAGGGAAGGGUACAUAUACAUAUUUUACUUUUCUUUUCCCUCCCUUCACCCCUGCCCCCCCCCUUCCUCCACACUACCAUAUUCUCAUUUUCAUUACAAACAUAACCAUAACUUUUUCUCUCAAUUCCACUCUACCUCCCUAUAUGCCUAAACAUAACCACAACUCCUUUCUCAUAUUAACAAUAACUACAGAUACCUCACAAACACACCCUCUUUCCCCCCGAACCCUAACCCUACUUUUCACACCCCCUGAGUGUCAGAGGAGUAUUUUUAUUUUUUAACCUUAUCUAACCUUAGUUCUAACCCUAACCUCUAACUCCAACUCCAAACCUGACUUUAGUCCUAACCCCAACCCCAACCAGCACUUUCUUUAUACGUAACCUUAACGUUAGCUUCGUUAUACCUCACCCCAACCCCAAAUCUAACCUUAGUCCUAAACCCAACUCUAACCCUAAUUUCUGCCAACCCCUUUUCCUUUUUUUCCUCUAUAAUUUUUAGCUUCUUUAUACCUCACCUUAACCCCGAGCUCAACUCUAACCUUAGCCCUAACCCUAACCUCUAACUCCAACUCCAAACCUGACUUUAGUCCUAACCCUAACCAGCUCUUUUUCUUUAUACGUAACCUUAACGUUAGCUUCGUCAUACCUCACUCCAACCCCAAAUCUAACCUUAGUCCUAAGCCCAACUCUAACCCUAAUUUUUACCAACCCCUUUUCCUUUUUUUCCUCUAUAAUCUUUAGCUUCUUUAUACCUACCAACCCCGACCCCAACUCUAACUUUAGUCCUAACCCCAACCAACUUUUUUUGCUCUCUAACCUUUAGCUUCUUUAUACCUCACCUUAACCCCGAGCUCAACUCUAACCUUAGCCCUAACCCUAACCUCUAACUCCAAACCGGACUUUAGUCCUAACCCCAACCCUAACCAGCUCUUUUUCUUUAUACGUAACCUUAACGUUAGCUUCGUUAUACCUCACCCCAACCCUAACUCCAAAUCUAACUUUAGUCCUAAGCCCAACUCUAACCCUAAUUUUCAACAACCCCUUUUCCUUUUUAUCUCUAUAAUCUUUAGCUUCUUUAUACCUACCAACCCCGACCCCAACUCUAACUUUAGUCCUAACCCCAACCAACUAUGUUUUCUCUCUAACCUUUAGCUUCUUUAUACCUCACCUUAACCCCGAGCUCAACUCUAACCUUAGCCCUAACCCUAACCUCUGACUCCAACUCCAAACCUGACUUUAGUCCUAACGCCAACCCUAACUAGCUCUUUUUCUUUAUACGUAACCUUAACGUUAGCUUCGUUAUACCUCACCCCAACUCCAAAUCUAACCUUAGUCCUAAACCCAACUCUAACUCCAAUUUUUACCAACCCUUUUCCCUUUUUUUCUCUAUAAUCUUUAGCUUCUUUAUACCUACCAACCCCGACCCCAACUCUAACUUUAGUCCUAACCAACUUUUUUUUCUCUCUAACCUUUAGCUUCUUUAUACCUCACCUUAACCCCGAGCUCAACUCUAACCUUAGCCCUAACCCUAACCUCUAACUCCAACUCCAAACCUGACUUUAGUCCUAACGCCAACCCUAACUAGCUCUUUUUCUUUAUACGUAACCUUAACGUUAGCUUCGUUAUACCUCACCCCAAACCCAACUCCAAAUCUAACCUUAGUCCUAAGCCCAACUCUAACCCCAACUUUUACCAACCCCUUUUCCUUUUUUUCUCUCUAAUCUUUAGCUUCUUCAUACCUCACCUUAACCCCAAGCUCAACUCUAACCUUAGCCCUAACCCCAGCCUGAGCCCCUAAGGACUUAACCUCCCCCUCCCCAGGGUCCUGGGUUUGAUUCCAUCUGCAGGCCCAGUUUGUCCCAGUCUCCCCAAGCUCCUCCUCAUUCCUCACUUGACUUUCACAGAACCCAGACCUAAAUGCCUUCUUCUCCUCCUCCAGGGGAUAGAAAUGCUCCUCACUUUUAGCUCCUUCUUCUAAAACUCCGUCAGAGUUGAGGCGCCCCUGAAAGCUCCUUUCCUUCGCCAACUUUUCUAAAAACUACAAAAGCGUUUAGUUUUCAUUUUUCAACGCCACCCCAAAAAGAUUUUCCUUUGCUUUUGUUGCCCGCCCAGCAAACAAAAGUGCAGUCCGAAAGAUCCAAGUUAAGACUCGCCCCAGUCAAGAAAGCUUGUAGAAGACCUCUCUGCAGACACUGGACUCCUGUAAGAUAAUCAUUAGUCCGUCUUUGUUAUUUGAUAUGAAAAGGUGUGGUGAAGCUGAAGGUAUUUAACUUGUUCUCGAUUGUGUACUUACUGUAAAUAUGAAGCACACCUAUUUUGCAAGCCAAGGAUGACUUUGUACCAUUGUUAUAUAUGAAUAAACUUUGCUGUGCAGCAACA